AAGCUUUGAAAAACAUUAUUAGAAUAAUGUAUAACAACUUUGUUUAUGUACUUUUCAAUUCAAAUUGGAGAUUCUUUCUCUAAUGUAACCUCAUCAUCAUCAUCAAUACUGAACUGUCCAGUCAGUCCACAAUCAAAAAGAAAUUUAUUUGGGUAGUUUGUAGCCAUGGUUACAAUUUUGUUAUUAUUAGCUAUUUAAUAUAAAAUAUAAAAUAAUAAUAACAUUAAUUUAUUAACUAGUAUCUUUACCUAUUACCUUGUUGCCGCCAAACCUAAUUUAUUUUUGAUAAAAUUAUAAACAGGUUAACAUACUAGGUAAAUUGGUUGAUAACUUGGUUCAUUGAAAUGGGCGGCGCUAAAUCUUACCCUGGCGAAUUCUUCAGAAAUCGUGGAUAACGUUUCUGAACGCACCCCUAAGCCUCACUCUUUGUGCGGAAUACAUCUUGUCCGACAUUAUCUUCCAGACCGUGAUAUUAGCACUAUGGUAAAAGUUUACGGCUCUAUGCGUGAAAUUAACAACCAUUUCGAUUCAAAAAUGUUACUAUUAUCAAUUCAGUUUAAAAAAUUGGUACUACCACUAUGAAUACGUUUAAUUCUUAGUUUCACUUUCAUGUUAACAUAAUUUUAUUUGCAAAUAUAUUUUUGUCGUUUCAUUGUUUUUCAAAAUGGAACAUCAAUGGGUUGAUAAUUCAAAACAACAAUUAAUACUUCUGACACUGACAUAUGCCAUUUAUAAUAAGUAUCCAAAGGAUAUAAGGUAAAUAUAAUAAUUAAAUAUUUAAAAAUUAAUAAAAUACGGACUUAGUUAAGUGAAUAGUUUGAUACUACUUACUAAAUACCUGUUACAGAUAUUUGUCUGGUUUUGGGCGAUUUAUAUUUAAUAUUGUUGUAUAUACUUUGGGUUUUGUCAGCCCAUUUUCUUGAUUUGAAACAUUGGAACUUAAUAUUUAUUUUGUUCGUUGGAGUAAUUGUAUCCUGAUCACAUAGGUUAUUUAUCUGAUAUUCAUUAUUAAAAUAAUGAUACCCAUUUAUAUUCUGUAUUAUAUUUUUUUAUAUUUAUUUACAAUAACCUUAUUACAACUUAAGUAUUUAUUAUUUAAAAAUUUGGAUUAGCAUAUAAACAAAACUUUAUAUGAUUGGGGAAAAAAACACCUCUUAAUGAUGGUUUAGGUACCCGAGUACCUUCAAUAUUGUUAUCUAUAUUUUUUUCCAUAAAUUAUUUCAUUGUUAUUAAUUGAUUGGUUUUAUUUAUAACAUUUAAUAUAUUGUAUAUUAAAAAUUAAAAAUUUACUUGUCCACUCACAUAAAGGUAUAGAAAAUAUACAAUAAAUAAAGGAAUUUCCUUUAUAUUUUAUAGAUUGGUGUUCCAAAGAAUAAAUUCAAUAUUUUAAUAUAGGUACAAUAUUAUAAUCAAUAAUAAUAUAAAUAAAUGUAUAAUGUUAAAGAAAUAGGUAUCUACUUUCUUUUUCCAGUUUCAUAUAAAUUAAUAAUUAAUCAUUUUUUAACUACAGCAUUUAUUUAAGUUAUUUCUUUUGUCAGUGUAACCGGUGUCAUUAUAAUUAACUAUAAUUUAAUUCUUAGAAUUUUAAUUAUACUUUUCUAUUAAAUAAAAAAAUGUUGAUAUUUUAUACCUCACAUAUUAAAUAUUACAGAGGGUUGGUGAGCAAACUAAGUAGGGAUCAGAAUCCCAUUACUCCAUAUACUCCAUUACAUAUAAGAACGCACUGCUCGGUGCAUCCAAAUGUAUCGCAGAGUGAGGUCCUGCCACUUGGCUGAGUAUUUGCUUUAUGAUUGGUCGCCUGCGCAAAUUUUGACAGAUAAUCAUCUGCCAGCUUGUGCGUUCUUAUUUUGGAACAGAAUAUAGUAUAUAAUUUAACUAAUAUAUUCAUGACAAAAAAUAUUUUGUCACAAUCUAGGAUGUAAAUAAUUUACAUGAUCUACUGAUCUGUCCUAUGAUUACUAAGCAUAAAUAUUUAUUUCAUUUAUUUGGGAAAACUGGUUUUUUUAUGGUUAUUUAAGUAUAUUUAAUAAAUAAUUGGAAAUUAUAUAGAACAUUGUUAAUAUAUUUUAUACAAAAUUAAAUUGCCUACUUAAUAAGUUUUGAAAACAAAUUUCAUACGAUCAAUCAACCAUUUUGUACUUAUUAAAAAAAUUAUAGAAAUCAUCCUAAGAAUCCAAUAAAAUAAAACUUACUUAAGAAAAAAAAAAAAUCACGUUAAGAUAUUAUUUAUUGUAUUGUAUGUAUAGUGCAUUUACUGUAUAAAUUAUGUAACAUAUUACAUAUAAUGUUAUAGAGUGAAAUUAAAUUUAAUGUACAUAAUUGGAAAAAAAAUUUGAAGAUAUAAAUUAAAAUAUUAACUAAUUUAAUAUUCAUAUGCUAACAUUUUUUUAUUUAGCAUCAUUAAACGCAUCAACGGUAAUUAUAUAUGGUUUGUAUUAAAAAUUGUUUAUGAUUCUCAUCUUUUGUUAUCAUUUUGUUGUAGUCACUUAUGAAUUUAACUUUUUUAGGUUCAGCAGCUAUAACAACAUUAACCACUUUCAAAUUGCUGAAUAAUUCUAAACCCUUUAGGUAAUUUAAAUUUGUAUGAUAUACUUUAGAAUCUUGCCAAAAAAGUAGGUAGUUAUAUUACAUCUGUGAAAUAAUUUAUUUAAAUGUAUGUUUAUAAAAUCAUAAAUAUAUUUAUAUUUCAUUAAUUAUAUAUUUGCCAAUGAGACUAUACUCUGUUCCAUAUAAGAACUCACUGCUUGGCACAUCCAAAUGUAUCACGGAGCAACGUUCUGCUCCUUUGGCUGAAUCUAUAUGCUCUAUAAUCUGUUGUCGUUAGUCGACUGUGCAAGUUUUGACUGAUUAACGUUUGCCGUUUGGUGCAUUUUUAUUUGGAAUGGAGUAUAGAUAUCUAUUUUUUUUCCAAAAAUUUCACCUGAAUUGUCUGUAUUUUUAAUGGUGUCUACCAUUUUCCUUUUAGCUUCUAUUGAUACGUUUGAAUCAAAAAACAUGAAGGUUGCUGUUUCUGAUUUUAGGUACUACAAAUGGGCAGUAAACAUUUUUAAUGCACAACUUGAAACUAUCAUCAAUAUUUUUGUAUUUAAUAAGGCUCCGAAAGAUCUUGAUAUAGGGUUUCUGAAUAAUGUGAUCGAAACCAUAUUUUUAUAUAAAUAAAAAUAAUAAAAAUGCAUGUAUCACGAUAUACAAUUUCUAUUUAGAGCCCGGAAUUAUAUGCGUUUGCAUGUUAGUACAUAGUGUAUGCACGUCGAUGGGGGUUUGAAAUGUCUAUGAUUCAUAUCACACCGAAUUCAAAUACCAAAUUUGACUUUGUGCAUAUUUUACAUAUUUGGAGGAUUAUUGUAUAUUAGUUCAUAAGUGCAUAAUAUGCAUAUAAUGUGUAUUUAUUAUUGAUAAAUAAAUUUUACUGUAGAAAAAAAAUUGUUGAUAUUAUUUCUCAGAAGAAUUUUGUUAAAAUAUUGUUAUAUUUGUCACAGUGUAUGAAAUCAGAGCUCUAACCCAGAGGUUCCCAAACUGUGGGUCGCGACCCAAAAGUGUGUCGCGUUAUAUUUUUAAAUAUUACAUUUUUUAAACAUCUAUUACUUUUCGUNCGUCAAUCGUUAUCUGUGAGUGUGACGAUUACGAGUUUACAGCGACCGAGUCAAAACGACGCAAUUAGAUUAAUAGUUAUUGAAAAAGAUAAUGAUUUAUUAGAACACACAAAUUAGUAGGUAUCUGCACGACGUUCAAAACUUUUGAUUAUUUUCAGUUACACUCGGUACAUUGAAUACGAUAAAUGUACGCAGUUGUAUAUUUAAUAUUUUUUUUUCUCAAAUAAAUUCGUUUUCUUUGUACUUUUGUACAACUAUGGACAAAUGGUUAAACAAAUAGUCAAUGUCUCAAAGUUAAGAAAAACCAAAAACAAUAUCUGCGUCAAAAGUUAAAAAAAGAAAAUUUAAUUACGAUGCGCCUUUAACAAGUUCUUCUUAGUCAAAACAAAAGAAUUCUUUAAGAAAAUAUUGUUCUGAAUAUUUGCGAAUUGGAUUUUCGUGGAAUGGAGGCGAAGAACACCCACGUCCACAAUGUGUUAUUUGUGGAUGUAUACUUGCAAAUGAGAGUUUGCGACCAAACAAACUACAUCGACAUAUAGAUACGAACCAUCCAGAAAUGAACUAUAAACCACUCGAUUUUUAUGGAAGAAAACUAGAAUCUCUAAAAACAUCAAUUUUAUUAUAAAAAUUAAAAACUGCAAUUAACCAAAAAGCUACGUACGCCUCAUAUAAAAUAAGUUUACUUAUAAAUUGCACAAACUGGUAAGCCAGUCACAAUUGAUGAGUCUUUUUUUUAACCAUCAAUAAAAGACGCAGUCGGGAUCAUGUUUGAUCAAAAGAGUUUAAAAGAAGUUAAAAAAUUAUCGCUUUCAAAUAAUACAGUUGCACGUAGAAUCUACGAAAUUUCUGAAUGGGUAGAAUAUAAACUGAUCGAAAGAGUUAAUUUGAGUACAUGGUUCUCAUUACAACUAGACGAGUCCACAGAUAUGCAAGGCUUAUCUCAGAUGAUUGUUUUUGUACGUUACAUUUGGAUGGGGAUCGAAGUGAUAAAUGUCAACAAAAAAAGGUCAUUCAUUGAUAUUGUGGGUCGCCAAAUUUUAAAAAUUUCUUAAAAAUGGGUCGCACAAUAAAAAGUUUGGGAACUUUUGCUCUUACAUAUGGCUCACAAUCACUUAUGUCUUGGUGUUAUUAUUUUAUGAAUUUGUUUGUCAUUCUUGUCGUAUGUGAUGUUAUAUUUUAAAAUCUUGUGUGGUAAAAAGCAUGUAAUUUUAGUUUUAUUAUUUUGAAAGUUUAUUGUUAGGUUUUCAGACAUGUUGUUUCAAAUAAUAUAAUAUACAAUAAAUUAUUAUUAAGUUUAGGUAUUACUAUUUUUGGUGUAAAAAUGGUGUUUUAUUUUUUUAAACAUAUUUUCCUUAAGUAUAAUAUAAUGCACAUAAUUCUGGGUUUUAGUCAUAUUAAAUUGCUUUUGAAAAAUGAAAAUUUUAAGAGAAUAAAUUUCCUUGGCCAUUCAUUGAACGUGAUGAGGAUCUCCUGGUACUCUAAAUGAUAUUCCUCAAAUUGAAGAUUUGCCAAGAAAAAUGAUUGAAAGUUCCAAUAGCUUCCGAUAGUCUUCCUUAAACCGUUUUUUUUUUUUGAUAUAUUUAGUGUUACAAUUAACUCAACAAUUUGAUCUUUUUGUUCUAAUAAUUUAAUAAUGAACUGUUCUAAUAAUAUGCACGCUCCUUUCAGAUGUUUGGUAUUAGAUGCUUUAGUAUCACAAUAAACUGCAACAACUAAGUUCUGAAUACUCCAUUCUACCAGUAAAUCAUACAUACUUUCAGUUUGUUGUUCUCCAGUUCCAGCAGACAAUUUUGGAAUACAGAGUAGUUCACACACUUAUUAUUACAGUCAAUCUCUCUACUAAAUCUUUCCCAGUUAGUGAAGGGAGCAUUUUUUUAUCCCAAUCACAAAUGCCUUUGCGUAAUUGAAUUGAUUGGUGUUUAUGUAACUUCUCGAACUCAAUGAAUUAAUGAAUGGUACGCCUUCUAUAUUUCUUUAUAAUAAGUACAAUAUUACUUAUUAUAAAAAAAAAAAUUUUAUAGUAUAAUAUUUACUAUUUUUUUUUUUUUUAAGUUAUUUUAUUCUGUUCUUGGGAUGAUUUCUAUAAUUUUUUUUAAUAAGUACAAAAUGGUUGAUUAUAUGAAAUUUUUUCUCAUAAAUUAGUUUGUAGGCAAUUCAAUUUUGUAUAAAAUGUAUUAACAAUGUUCUACCCGAUUUCCAAUCAUUUUUUAAAUAUACUUAAACAACCAUAAAAAUCAGUUUUUCCAAAUAAACAAAAUAAAUCAUGUUUUAUUUUUUAAUUUUUUUUUUUUCGAUAAUAAUGAUUGUAUCGAACAAUGUAUAAAAAGAUUGUUUAUUGGCAAUUUAAAGAUAUAUCAAAAAGUUAAUAAACAGUUUUACGUUAAAUGCAAUAGUUUUUUACUUAGACUCAAAAAAUUAUAAAAUUACACCUUUGGUCUUUUUCAACUCCCUUGUGGCACUUGAAGGGGGUGAGUUAUCAAAACUAAAUUCUACCCAAAUUUUCUUUCAUAUUAACAAAUAAAAUGGUGGGGUAGCCCAUUGAAAAACUUAAAAAAAAACUGUAACUAUAAUUAAAAUCUAUAACUAAGGAUCAACUGUAUUAAUAUUUUUGUAUUCUUGAAGUGAUAAAAUAUAUUUUAUUCAUUAUCUUUUUGUAGCUAAUUUUUCUGAUAGAAUAUAUUCCCAUUAAAAUUUUUCGUAAAUAUAUUUGGUCGAAAAAUUUGUUAUAAUAUAUAAUUUAUUAUACAAUUCUACCAAAAUAUCUUCAUUCAAAUUUAUUUUAAAUAUAAAUAUAUUGAUAACAGCAUAGAAUAUAUUCAACAAUUUUCCGUUCCACCAAUAAGAGUUCCAAUUUUUUAGAUUGUGGUACUUAAGUAAAGUUAUUGAAUUCCGGAAAAAAAAAAAUUUAAAAAAAAUAUUCAAUUUCAUAAUUUUAAUACUUAUGUCUUGUGUUGUUGUGGGAAGAAUUCUAAAUUGUAAUAUAUUUUUUUUACUUGUUGACCUUAGGAUAACGCAUUCUGAUACCUAAAUCGAUUCUAUAUUUUAUAUCAAUAAAUCAAAUUGUACUAUAAAACAUAGAACCAUUUAAAUAGACAUAGUGCUGGGUUAAUGAAUAUGUCAUCUAGGGACAAAUUUUAAAAUUCCUGCUCUUACUUCCUUAAUACUUAAUACAUCAUCAAAAAAAUUGUUUAAUUACUAUUUGACUAAUAUCUAAAUUAAAAAAUAUUUUAAACAAUUGAAUUUUAAAGUUAUAACACAGUAUUAUAGUAUUUAUUCAAAUAAAAUUUUGAAUAUUGGAUUUGAUAAAAAGUUUGCUUUCCUCAAAUAAUGCUUAUCCACAUUGUAUAUAAAAUUAACAAUAAAGAAAAAAUAUAAUAAUUUAAAUUGUAAUUUGAAGUAUUAUAAAUUUGGUUAUUGACAACUAGUUUUGAUUUUAAAAAUCUUUGUUAUCAUGUUUGCACCACACCUGAAAAAUUCAGGGGAUUUAAAAUUGGUCAAGGAAAGUCAAGAAUUUUCUGGAAUUUAAAAAAAAAAAAGGUUUUCUUAGCUAAUUAUGCUCUUUAUAGUUUCAAGAAUUAUGGAUUAUCAUAAAUUAAAUAAGGUAGGUUUUAAAAAAAAUAAAUUGAAUUUUAUCAAACUUUCGAUAUUGAUUUUCAGAAAUGUCGAAUGUUUAUUAUCUUUACUAUUAUCAGAUUAAUACCACUGACUAAAUAACUCAAUGUGUUCUAUUUAUGAAGCAGUUAAUGUACCUAGUAAUUAAAUACGUAUUUUUAAUAUAUUCAGUUAAAGGAUUUUAUUUUUAUGUACAAAAUAUAAUAAAUAUAAUAUUACAAUUUUUUUUCUGUGAAUAACUUUCCUAUCAGAAAUUUUUCUCCAACUUUUAAUGAUAAGUGUUUCUGAAAGGAAAUUUCACCAAGGAAGGUGGUACUUUAAAGAGGUCGUUUUAACAUUUUCCCUCAAGUUUUUUCAACAAAUGUGAAAAACUGGGAAAGCCUGGGAAAAUCAGUACAACAUUAAACAAAUAUUAUUAAAGAAAAUAUAUUAAGCCUAUUUAAUUAUUUUACUAUGAUAUAGCAAAUAUAUUGUUGACAAAGUAUUACUAUCAACUGACCUUUACUCAGAAUCGUUUUUUUCUAAACAAUAGUUUAUAUUGUUGCUUAUAGGUAUACAUUAAAUUACCUAUAACAGUGGCUGCACCCCGUCCCUAUUAUCCUACUAUGUCCUUUGUUAUUAUAUAUAUAAUAUAAAAAAUAUUAUUAUUUUUUUGUUUUAAUUGAAGUAAUAACUAAAAAACAUUAUAUACAAUUAUAUUACAGCAUAAAUUAUUCAUUAAUACUUAUAUUAUCUAAAUAAAAAUUAUUUGUUGAAAUGAAAAUGUUCUUGUUCAUCAUUUCUUUUAAUUGGUUAGUAAGUCCAAAUUUAUUUUAAAUUUUAAUUUAUGUUAAGAUUUAAUUUUAAUCAUAGGUAUGAAAAAUUAAAAAAAAAUAGCCUGGAAAACAUGGAAAAGUUAGGGAAUUUGUCAAUUUAAAAAUUGUGUGGCAACCAUGGUUACAUACAGUGGAACCUUUAUGAGUCAAAAUAAAAACUAUAGAUAGGUCAAACUAGUUUAAAUGUUGGGUCUAUAACAAAUAGAUGCCAUAAAAAAAAAAAAUUAAUAUUAAUAAUGCAUUAUAAACAAAUUUUGAAUAUCUGAAUAACUGCUAUAAAAUAAAAAAAAUACAUUGAUUUAGAAAAAAGAUUACUCAACACAGUAAAAUAUUAUGGAAAAAGAGAAACAAUAUAGUUUUAAAAUUAUUAUUUUAUUUUUUUUUUUUUUUUUUGCAUCAAAACGGCCGUUCCCUCGCGUUAUAUUAAACAUUAACACAACAUUUUAUGCUUUAAAAUAUUUUGUAUUUAACUUAAUAAAUUAUUCUUACUAUAUUGAUUAUUAUUAUUAUUAUUUUUAUUAAAUUAGAAUUCAAACCAUAUUAUAUUAUUAUAUUUAAUUUUUUAUGGUUUAAAAAUAUGAUAUGUAUGAAUAUUUUCAAACAAUAUUAAUUUUAUAUAAUAUUAUUAGUAUUAAACAAAUAUUUCUGUAAUUAUUAUGUUAUUUUAUUAUCUUGUUAGUAGACAUUUGUGAUAAUAUAAAUUAAUAAAUUAUUUAUACACAAUAUAUAGCUGGCAACUAAUUAUCCAUAUAGAAAUGUAUGACUAAUACUGAUUGUCUUUGUAUGGCGUUUUUUCAUGGUGAUCAAUUUUAUUAUUCUAUAUCCAUAAAUUAUAAUCCUGGGAAUAUAAUAAAUAGGUACCUACCAUAAUGGAUCAAUGUGUGUAUACUGCUGUACCUACAUAUUGUUACCCAAUUUAAAAUGAAAAAAAGAAAUACGUCGGUUCAAGUUUUUAUUAGUUUAUUACACUUUUUUUUCAAUAAUAUAUAAUUUUUUAACAAUUAUAAUACAUGACAAAACUUCCAAAAGUUGUUUUCGCCACAAAAAAAAUGCGGCCCUAUCACAACUGUCCCCUUUGUUCCAACCUUUCCCUUUCAUUCGGCAUUGGAUAUGUUAUACAAAUAUACAUAACAGUAUUAAAUAAAUGUAUCAUAAUUAUUACUAAUAUUUAAUUAAUUAGGUACUUGUAUUUUCGGAUUAAAUUAAAAAUAAUUAUUAAGUAUACGGCAUGGAUAAGUUUUCUUAUCAUUAAUAAAUUAUUCUUGAUAAUGAUAAUGUUUAUUGUCAUUUGUGAUUUAAAAUUAUCAUGUGGCAUGUUUGAUCAUAAAUACAUAUCAAUUCCCUAAAAUGUGUACCCAUCAAAGAAAUUGUUAGUAUUGUUUGUUAGUUUUUUGAAUAAAGUAAUAUUUUUAAUUCUAUAUUAAUUCUCUAUGGUUUAUUGAGGAGUGCCAUUGUACUGGAAUAUAAGUCCGGAACAUUCAAAUCUGGAAACCAACGCAGUAUCGCUUACUUCAAAUGAAAAUUAUUAAAAAAUUUAUAGUAUUUAGAAAUAUAUUAAUAUGAUCUAUGAAUAGGUACUUAGCGUUAUCAAAAUAUUUAAAUACUUUAAAUUAUAUGGGCGAAGCUAGGGAUGUUUUUUUAAUAUAUAUGUAUAUAUUAUUUGAAUAUAACUAAUGAUUUAAUUAUAAAUUACUGUCAAGUACAUACUUAAUAAGUACUUAGGUAUAUGGUCAAAAAGUAUCUACAUCGGAUUAUGUAUUAAUUAUCCGUGUAGGUAUCCGAACAUAUCUUUAUCAAAUGUUUUUUUUUUGUUUUGAUAGUUUUUCCCAAUAUCUAAUAGCCAGAAGUUUUAGAAGCCAAGUUGUGUGAAGUAAGUUUAUUAUUUUAAACUUAAAUCACUAAAUAAUAAUUUAAGUUGGUGUAACUGAUCUUGUUAUUUUUCAAGAUUUGUACAUUCCAGAUUUGUAUUUUUCGGAUUUGAACAUUUCAGAUUAAUUGUAUAGAUAUUAGGUACCCGUUUAUCGUCGGAUAAUAUAAACCAACCAUUAUUAUAUUUAUCCAUGAAUACAACAUCCGAUAUGUUGAUGGUAUAUCAUCGAAUGGUUUUGUUAUAUUGCGUGGCUUUAUAUCGAAUUUAAUAUUAUUUUGUCGGGUGACUUUUUGACGUUUUUCGAUUAAGUGGUGUUUACUUAUCAUGUGAACCUCAUUUUAAUUUUUAUGCUUGUAUUUCAUCGUUCACAGAAUUAAUUAUUUGUUUUGUUUUUCCAAUCAUAGCACCUGGUUCAAAGAACACAGUCUGCCAAUAAUUGAUAAGUUUUUUGUAAGAUUUUAUUUUAUCUUUAUCUAUUAUCUAAGAUAAUUAUCUGUUAUCAGAUUUAUACUUAAGCGUAUUUUGUCAAUCGGUUUGUUUUUAGUAUUACGGAGUUGUUAGUGUUCCAAUUUCCAACGUUAGUGAUCAUUAAAUUAAUAACAACUAAAGUCAUAACUAAUAAUUUAAGGCAUACGGUCAGUGCGGAUGUUCAACGUUAUACAGCUUAAGUAAUUAUGUCACAUUAAAUCAAUUAUCUAAUACCUAUAUCUUAGCAUAUUACUGUCAUAAAUUCAUGCAUAGGUUUAUGAUUGCUGUUUGCAUAAUCAUGCAACAAGUUAAUGUAUAUUAUAUAAACAAUAAUUUUUUAUCUGGAUGUUUUGUGAAUUUAAACAUAACAUAAUGUAAUUAUUUUUGAUAUUUUAUUAUUGUCUAAAAAGUAUAGUGAUUAUUUACAAGUUAUACACAUUAUCCAUAAAAGAUAUCAUUUGAAAUAAUACUGGGGUUUGUUAACUUAUAAAUUGUUUAUUUAAAACUGUGACUUGAGUUAUUAUAUAUACUUAUUUAUUAAUUGUUUAUAACCUAUAAAAUAGUCAUUAAGUAAUAAGUUAAGUAUUGGAUUUUCUUUUAGUUGCAUGUUAUCCAUUUUUAUUUUAUAAAUUAGAUUUAAAAACCAUAGAAAUUAAUAAAACAUUUUACUGUGUAAUUAAAUUUUAAUAGUUUUUUUUUUUUUAAGAUAAUUUAUAUUUUGGCUUUUUUUUAAAUAAUUUAAUUAUAUUAAAUCAUCAGCUAUUCUAAAUCUAAUAUAACGCAAUUAAUCAUAUUUUAAAUUUUAACUAAUCCGUUUUUUUUAUACUGAUUAAUGUUAAGCAACUUUUUUAGUUGAAACUAGUGCAUUUCAUACCAAUAUGCAAAAUUGUGACACCAUAAUUUCAAUCAGGUAUUUUUCUUGUUUUUAUUUAAUAAAUAAAUUCUGUUUUUUUUUAUGAAAAAUAUAAUAUGAUAAAAUUGUUUAAAAAAACAAAUUUUUGAUUAAUUCUAAGAAAAAAAGAAUACAAGUAUAUAAAUACUAUAUUGUUGAGCUGAAUGGUUUUUAUUCACAGCUCUUAAUAAAUAUUGAAAUAGUACAAUUUUAUAAAUGUAGGUUUGGAACAAAUCUAGUUUACUGGGCACCUUUUAUAUUUUUUUGAAAAGAUGUUUUAUGACGCUGAUUUUAAAAGUUUUGAAUUUUUUUUGUAGAAACCAUUAUUAAGGAAGUUAUGGAAAUUUGAAGUUUUUCAUUAUUAUACAUAAAUACCUAGUUGUUUUUGAAAAAUGUCUCUUCAUUUGAUUUUGCAUUAGUUUUAGAAAUUGCUGUAUAAGGUUCAAUAACUACUAAUAUAAAUAGAUCUGUAUAAAUCUUUGAUUUGUUGUUGAAAACAAUAUUGGGUAGAUGACAGGAAAAGUCAAAAAGAAUUUUUGGUGCACCUAGGGAUCUGUUGUGGUUACUCGCUCGGACUGUUCCAAAAAAUAAAAUCAUUAUUUUAUUAUAGGUACAAUGUAAUAAUAAAUAAUAAUAUAAAUAAAUGUAAAGUUUUAUAUUAAUAGGUACCUAUAUUCUUUUUUAAAUAAAUAUAAUUUAUAAAGAUAAAUGCUAAUCAUAAAACUAAUAGAUAUAUUUCGUUAUGUAUCCUUCAGCAUUUAUAAAUUGUUUAUUUCAAACCAAAAAAAAAUACCCAAUUUAUUGUGCAAAACCACGUCAGGUAGGUAACUGGGAAAAGUUAAAAAGCAUUAUAGGUACAUGUAGAGACCUGGUGACAUAUAAACAGUACUGCACUCAGUUUCAGACCCGGUUGAUCUUUAUGCUUCACCGAAUAUGUAAUUGUGUUUUAAUUAGAUACACUUAUCAACAAUAAAAAAAAAAAAUCUGAUGGUGAGAGGAGUUGCAUAUCACAUAUCUUAUUCAAAUCACAUACGUAGAUUAAAUGCAUGUUAAUUUACAAAAAAAAAGUGUUGUAAAAGUUAAUUUAGAUAAGUAGGUUUUUAACCUUAUACAGUAAUUUUUAAGACAGUGAUUUAUCCAGUGUGCCAUAGGCGAAAUAUGUGAAAUGUUUGAAAGACAACUAGGUAUUUAAACAAAACUGUAAUAAUGACAAACUUCCAUAAUUUCUUAACAACAGUUUCUGAAAAAAUUCUAAAACUUUAAAAAUCAGCACUGAAAAAUACAUAUUUUCAAAAAAUAUUGAAAAAAAAAAAGUGCCUUGUAAUUUAGAUUUAUAUUGUGGGUUUUAUUGGAUGCUCUACUAGUUGAAAUUAUAUACUAAACUUCUUUCCCCCCUGGCAAAAAAAGGACAUAAUAACAAUUACUUUGGUUUGAUUAUUAUAUUAUUAUUAUUUAGCUGUUUCUAGUUUGACACUUGGUCAGUUCUGACAUUCUUCUGUAAAAAGCAAAUUGAAAAUAACCUUUAAUUUUUUUUUUUUUACAUAAAACCAUGUUAUGUUAGGUUAUGGGAAGGAGGAUGUAAAUUAUGAAAAGCUCUUGAGUUUAGUUCUGGGGUAGGCCUGUACAUUUAUCGGUAGUAUAUAUCUAAUAUUAUGAUGUCUAUAAAUUAACACCGAUAAUUGUAUUUCAGUUUAUUCAAUGUAUCUACAAGACAAGAAGGUAAAAAACCAGUCAGAAUAACUGUAAGUGAUAGACAACCUAACAGAUAUUAUUUUGUAAUAAAAUAAUAUUAGGUUAAUGGUCGAUAACCUAUCUGAUUGAAAGAAACUUGCACAACAAGUGCUUUAACACAUUACUCUGUUUAAAAUUUUGAUACUUGUGUAUAAUCCAUCUUACAACAAUGAAAAAAUAGAAGCUUCCCAGUCUAGUAUUUCUAAAUUAUUGUUGCAUACUUAUUUUUUGUUAAAACAUAAUUGUAAAAAUGGUUCGCAUUAGAUCUGUUAUUUAGAUAAAUAAAAAUAAAAAUGAUAAAAAUGCAUAAAAAAAAAAUAAUAUUAUUUUUAAUGUGAUUGUUUAUUAGUAAAAGUUGAUUAAUUGUAGUUUAUUUUUAGUAUUGAGUUAGUUUUUUUUAGCAAAACAAUUUAAAUAGGUAGCAGGGACUCAAACUGGUUACUCAAUUAUCUGCUAUAUUAACGCUUAAGCAGACGCGUACCUUUUUUAAAAGUUUAUAGUCACGUGGAAGACCGUCAAACUCCAUUUAUGAAAAUGCGCAAAAUAUGCAUAGAAAGAUAAUUUUCAUUAAACUCAAAGACAUGGGUUUCCAUAUGGUUCAUACAUAUGGAUACAAAUUUAAUAAUAAAAAAUAUAAAACUAUAUUAUAUUAUUACUAAACUUUUUGGAGUAUGUUUUAUUUUUUAUGGGGGUCAAUAAGACCUUCACUGGACUGCUUAAAGGUUAGCUAAUUUAUAUAAAUGAAACCCAAAAUGGAACCACACUUAGUAUUCUUGAACAAAAAAAAUUGUUGAUAAUUUUAUAAAUUUAUAUUUAGGUUAAAGUGAAUUUUGAUAUUUUGUUGUAUAAGUUAAACUGUUACUAUUUUGAAAAAUGACAAAAGUAAAUGGUAUUAUCAUCGAUGCUAUUUUCAAAUAUUUACUAUACAUUUUAGUUUUUAGUCUUAAUUAUUAUUGAUUUUACCGAUUAGUAUUUAUUCAUUUUUUUAAAGGAGAAAUUAAUUGGUAAUCAAACCAGUUAGUUAAACCGAUAAAAGAUAAUAGUAAAAUAUAAACUGUUAACAAAAAAAAAUCCUUUUGGUUUGAGUCUCUGAUAGGUUGGUAGAUUAAUAAAUUGCAGGUGUUAAUUAUUACUUCAAUUUAUCUUUUGGGCAUUAAAUAUUUUUCCUCAAUAUUUAUUUUAGUAUUUAGUAUCAAAAUAAUUAAGUAAAUUCUUUUGUUUCAGUUUAAACAAAAAUGGAUUGCAAAAGUAAGACUAAUCGUCUUAGCGAAAACAAAAAACGAAAAAAAAACAACAUUUUCUACAACAUUCAAAAUAAUCAGGUAACUUCAAAAAAAACUGAUGUUAAAAAAAAAAUGACUAGUAAUUGUUUAAUAGAUCCUUGUACUUCUAAUAAAAACGAAAUUCUUUCAAUAUCAAACUCACCUACAGUUUGUAUUGAAACUCUACAUCAGAAAUCUGAACAUAUAAAAUCUGUAUCUAAUGAUUUGGUGCAAGAACUACACUCGACUGGUUCAGAUGCAAGUUCUGGUUUAGAAAACAGUAAUAAAGGAACAAUUUUAAAAUAUAAUAAUCCAGUUAAUUUUAUCCAAUGUGAACAUGGUGAUUAUUUCUGUUGCCGUUUAUGUCAUAAAUCACAAUUAUUAAUUGACACUCGCAGAAAGCUUCACGAAUCAAAAUUGUAUUAUUUACGCAAAUUUCAUUGUGCUAUGUGUGACAAGGGAAUGAGAUCGUUAAUUGAUUGGAAAACACAUUCUGUUAGUCUUUGUCAUAUGGAAAAAAUUAGGAAUCAUCCUGAUUUUGUAUCCUACGAAUGCGGUGGUUGUAAAGCUGUAUUUUUUGAAAAUCGAGAAAAGAUAUUAAAACAUUGCAGAACGGCCCAUAAUGAUUCAUCUGGUUUACCGUAUGUUUUUAAGUGUAUGAAUGAAGUAUUUCGUGAUUGUUUAACUACAGAUCCUGGCAAUUGGAAAACUUGGACUUUUUGCGGUCCAUGUAAAAAGUAUUCAUCUAUUAAAUUUCAUUGUUUUUCUUCAAAUCAUGUUAAUAAAAAAACAAUACAUAUGAAAUGUAAUUCAUGUUUAAUUGAUUUCAUUUGUAAUCAAGAUGUGUAUGAUAAACAUUUGAUAUCAUCUGAACAUAGCAUGUUGGAAUACUUGAAAAUAAACAAAACAGCAAUAAAUAUAUUUAAUAUAAAAUUGCCUCCAGUCAUUUUGAGUAGAUUUAUUAUUGAAGAAACCAAAACUACUUGCAACGAGUGCAGAUUUCAAAUGGUGUCCAAUGACAAAAUAAUUGCUUUACAUAUGACUGAAUGUAUUGUAAAACCAGAUUUAAGCGGGAAAUGUACAAUAAAUAUCAUGAAGUAUUUUUGUGCUGUUUGUAAUGAAACUGUAACAAAUUUUAGUCAGUGGAAAUUUCAUUUAAUACUUCCUAGUCAUUUAAUAAAGUGUUAUGCUAUUAUUGAUUUAGUAUCAUACACAUGUGAAGUUUGCUUGUUACAUUGUUAUGGUAAUUCAUAUCAUGUUACUGAACACCAAAAUAUACAUCCAAACAAUUCAGAAAAACACCUUUCUAUGUUUUUAGCUUUUAAUUUUAAACGUAUAAACAACAAUUUAAAAAGCGGGGAAUAUUACUACUGUGAAGAUUGUAUGACAUAUGCUGAAGUCAAUUCGAAUUCCGAUCAUUGGAAUAAAAGUCAUAAGACUAAAUUAAAACGAUUUUAUUGUCAACCUUGUCGUACAGAAUUCUUUUGUAUUGAAGACAAUAAUUUAUACAGUAAACAUAUUUUAUCAAGUGAGCACAUAAUUUUGAAAUAUGUUACUACCAAAAGCUCAGUUCCAGAACAGAAAUUAUUACCAUUGGUUAAAUCACUAAAAUCUCAGCUACAAAAUGAUGAAAAUCGAAAUUUAUAUGCUCUAAGAAAUACUUUAGAUGUGAUUAAAAAUCAAGAUUCAUUUAUAACUAAUUUAUAUUUGAAUUGGUUUAAUAUUAUUGAAAAUCAAAAUAAAGCUGUUUGUAUAACAUGUGAUGAUCAAAUUGAAAUUAAUGAUACUGCUCUUCUCACUCAUUUGUUAGCUUGUAAUCAAAAUCCAGAAAGUUAUAUACAUAAAAUAAAUAUGGAGUUUUUUAAAUGUUUAGAGUGUUCAUUUUAUUGUAAGAAUUAUCAUUCAUGGGAAAAACAUGUAAUUUCACAUUUAAAUAUAGAAUCUUGGUGUUUAUACUCGUAUUUUUGUGAAGGUUGUACUUCUUUAUUGUAUGGUAGAAUGAAUGAUAUUGAAUUGCAUUUGCAUAGUGAGCAUAAAAAAAUAAUUAUAGACAUGCCAUUAGAAACAGUAUUGUUAGCAAAGCAGCUGAUGAGGAGAAAUAAUAAUACAAAAUCUUCACAUAUUAAGUGCUUCUGUGAGCCAUGUAAAAAAAUAUUGAAUACAUUUGAAGAUUAUAGUCACUUUAAUACAGACAGUCAUGUAUCUGCAGUAGCAUCAGACAUGAUAGAAUUAUUUUAUUGUGAACAUUGUCAAGUUGAAUUCUAUUCUUCAAAUAAAGUAUAUGAAUUUCAUAAGUUAACUCCAGAACAUAUUAUUUUGAGCUCAAAAGCCAAUAUUAAUAUUGACGCUAAGCUUUCUCCUAAACCUUCAAAACUUGAUACUUAUAUAUUUCAAUUUAUUAAUAGUAAACAACUAUACGAUCAAACUCAAAGCAUAGGUUUCUUUUGUUUUAUAUGUGAUUAUUUGUGUUUUACCUUGGGCGUAUGGAUAACUCAUACGAGUGGUAAAGAUCAUAUUUAUUCUGCUAAGGAUCAUUGCAUUGAUCAUCGUUGUAAUAUUUGUAAAACAUUGAUGUUUGGAAAACGACAACACAUUUUUGAUCAUUAUAGCAAUCGCUUUCAUUCAAUUUUAAAAUCAUUUAAUACAUGUAUUAAUGUUAAAAAAGAAAAUGAUUUGUUAUUAAAAACAAAUUGUGGAACAAAACAUAUGUAUGAUAUGGAAAUUUCUAAGAAUAAUCAAAAUGAAGCAACUUGUAACAGUUUACUAGAAUCUACUAGUAAAAUGAUUGGUGAAUUGUCUAUUGAAUCAAAUCAUCAACAAAAUAGUAGUAUUUUACUUCAAGGAUUAAACGAGUCUAUUUCUAAUAUUAAAGAAACCCCAGCAAAACUGAGUUCUGAUAAAUGUCAAAUUAAAUCAAAUAUUCAAAUGGCUUGUUGUUUAUUAAACGAAUGUUCUAAUAUUAAUAAAACACACUCAAUAACAAAAACUAAUGAAUUGCCUUUUGAAUCAAAUAAUGAAAAUUUUAGUGCUUUUUAUGCAUCUAGAAUUGAUGUGUUAAAACAAUUACUUAAGGAGAAUGAAGAAAUAAGACCUCAGUUUGUGUUUUAUUGUACAACUUGCGAUUUUAUUACUACAAUACAAAUAAAAUGGGAUGAACAUAAUUUAAUUGACCAUUCAAAUGAUAUUGAAUUGCGCUAUCAGGUGUAUUGUGAAAUUUGUAAUAUGUACCAAUUUGGUACGCCUGAUAGUUUUGAUAAACAUAGAAACACUAUUGAACACCUGAAUAUGAUAGAUUUUCAAAAAUUAUAUAAUUCAAAUAAUAUGAAAAACACAGUUGAUAUACUUAAUGAAGAAAGUAAGAUUCCAAACAAAUCAAUUUCUACUGGAGAAUUAUGUGAGAUUGCUGUGUGUAAUCCAAUUUCUGAUAAGACUAGUCAAAUUUCUGAUAAAACUGAUGAUUUAAGUGAGAUUAUUGCUCUUAUAAGUAAUUCAAUUUGUGGUAAAACUAAUGACAAAAUUGAGAAUAAGAACACUGCAGUUUCUAAUACAGUUUCAGUUAUAAACAAACAAGAAAUAAUAAGUAGUAAAAAUGAUGAAACUGAAGUUGAUAAUCGUAAAGUUACGAUUGAAAUAAAAGGUAAUUGAAUUGUUUAAGCAUUUAUGUAUACAAUUUAUUCUAACUAUAUUUCAAUAUUUGAUCAGGAGUAAAGCCAGAUUAUAGACAAAACAGUUGGGUUGAACUCAAGAAGAUUUUAUCAGCUUAUGGAUAUUUUAGAAUAUAUCCUAAAUACAACUCUGCCAUGGUUAUAUAUCGUAAAUUGUAAGUAUACAUUAAAUUAAAAAUUAAAACGUUAUACAUGUUCUGUUAUUAAACUUUACAUGAUUCAAAAUAAAUGGAAAGUCCUAAUAUGUGUGAUGUUUUCUCUUUAAAAUUAUUUAUAUAAAUCAACAGAUAGCAAACUUUGUUUAUUAAAAUGUAAUGUUUGAAAUGUCGAAAUGUUAUACUAAGUGUUACAAAAAACAUUUAGUAUAAUUAAACAAAAAAAUAUAAAAAAAAAAAUUAAAAUAUUAUAAUAAUAAUAUAAAGUGUCAAGUAUAAAUGAAUAUACACACUUCAAUAGCAUAUUAUAAUUAUAAUAGACUUAGUAUUAAGUAUGUAAUUAUAAAUGUUGUAAUAUAAUAAAUUAUAUUAACUAUAAUAAAUUAAGCUUACUACAACACUGGCUUGUUGGUGAUUACUUUGUGGUAUAUUAUUUAUUAUAAUUGUUUUUAUUAACUCUUAUUAAAUAAAAUUAUUGUUUAUUUUAUAUCUUUUUAUAGAUCCUGCUUGUAUCAACUGUUAAAGGACAGAGAAAAUUUGGAAAAAAAACAUAAAUUUACUAUAAGUAUUAUUUUUGAAGGUAAGUUUUAAUACCAAAAUUAAAUGAAAAAUAAUAUUAAACAUACAUAUAUUUUGAAUAUAUUUUUUUUUGGUAAAACAAUAACAAUGUUUUGAAAUGUAAAUAUAUUAUGUGUAUAGGUCUUCUCCUUUGUUCUUUCAUUCCAACUUUUUGGCCACCCUUGUUCUAAACUUCUACCUAACCUAAACUCGUUCUCAGGUUUAAACUCUUGCUCUAUAAAAUGCACUGACCAACUUUAAAUUUUUGUAUACAUUUUAAAUUUAAUUUACACCAAAAUAUUUUUUGAAAUUGUUCAUGUAUGCUAAUUAAAAAUUGUUAAACAUUUUAUAUUUUAAGAAAUUACUUUCUUUCCCUGUAUUUCUUCUUUCAGUUUUAGAGGCCAUUGAGGCCCAUGGCUGCAAAGCAUACUUCUUUCCAUCUGUCUCUUUUCAGAGCUGCUUCAUUGAUAUUGUCUUUCCCAAGUUCUCUUAGCGCCCUUUUACUUUUGUCAAUCUAUCUCUGUUUCAGUUUUCCAAUUACCCCUCCUCUGAGAAAUUCAUUACAUCAUUUGCUAUUGAUUUAGCCCUUAGUACAUAUCCAAGUCAACUCAGUAUCUUGUGUCGUCUUUCCACUAUUAUGUUUGAUUUUCCAAAUAUUUUCUGAAUUUCUCUAUUAGAACUAAUUUCGUAUGUUUGGUUUUCAUUUCUUUUUGGUCCGUAAAUUUAAUUGAAAAAGUAUUUGUGGGUGUAACAUUCUCUUAGCAAAUAUAUCGUUAUUCACUAUUAGUACUACUAAAUACAAAUAUAAUAACAAUAUAUAUUAUUACAUCCACAUUUUUAUUUUUUAUUUAAUUUAUCAAAUUUAUUAAUUUUAGAAGAGAAAUUGCCAGAAUUGAGUAAAUUUACAGUAUUUGAAUUUGGAAACAAGGACAUUCUCUUAAAUAAUAUUAAUAAAUUAUUCAAUGAAAUUAAUGAGGAAAUUAUCAAUCCUGAUGUACAUAAGAGAUUGAUGUUAUUAAUGACUUCAGUACAUCAAUGUGCUGAUCCCUUAAGACAUUUUAAAGUUGGUAAAGUUUAUGCUUUUGGAUCACGAAUGUCAGGUCUUCCACUUAAAGAUAGUGAUGUGGAUUUGUAUUUUGAUAUCGGUAAUUAUUUAAAAAAUAUUAUGAAUUACUUUGUUAAAAGAUAGUUUUAAUGAAAUCUAAAAUGAAAAACAUUUUUUGUUUUUUUAGCUUACAUUUAUAACGGUAGGAUAUAAGUUUACAUUAUAAGACUAGAUAUAACAGUGUGCAUUUUAAUUUUUAUAAUUACCCAAAGAGCUAUUUGCAUGUGAUGGAUAUUAUAUAAUAUUAAUUUUAUGUUAACCCUGUAGUUUAGAAAUAACUACUGUUAGUACUUUUACAUUAUCCAGACUACUACUCGAUGCUGCAACUUUUGCCCAGUUACUGAAGUCCAUACUCUGCAUGUUGAACGACUUUGGGGGUCUGCUAAAUAGAGAAAUAAAAAUAAUAGGGAAACCAGUCACUAUCAUUUGGGGUUUUAUCUAGAAAAGUUUAUUUAGAGACAAAACAUCGAAGGAAAUCUAUUCUAUAACAUUUAAAAAUAUUUUUGAAAAAUCGGUCGCCAAAAAUAGAAUGUUGGACGUUUUUAUUUUAACUGUGAUAAUUUAUUUGAUAACUGAUAAUAAACGUUAUACUAUAUUAUUAUAUUAAACUCUAAAGUUUGGCUGGUAUUUGUGGUAUCGAGGAUAGUAGUCAAGAUAACAAAAUUGAGACUCUUGGUAGUGGGGAUAAUGGAGAAGUACUCUACAGUGUAUUUAUACUUAUAUUGUGUGCAAUUUAUUAUUAGAUUUAAUUUUGAAUUUGUAAUAAAUAGUAAUAAACAAUUACUGAAUUACUUUAACUAAGAUAUUUUGACGGUGAACUGUCAUUUAGCACUUAUAAACAUCAAAAUAAGUGAUGAAAAAGCACUUAAAAUUAUUAAAAUAAGAAAAAAAGCAUGUAAAAAACAUUAAAACAAAUUUAUUAUUUAAAAAAAUCAUAAAAUAGCAUUUUUAAAAUUUUAAAAACAUUCUAACUUAUAGAUUUUUUGAAUAAUAAAUGAACAUUUUUUUUAAACAAUUCUGAGCGGAGCAAUGUGUGUUUUUGCGAUAACAGCGAAUGUUUAAAAAGAUUAAAAUAAUAAAAACCUAAUGAUAACAAAAAAUGGUUACCAAUGACAACCUUAUGUUUAUCUUUUAUUCACCUAAGAACCGAUCUUUCUUCAUUAUCUAAAAUAUUAAUGAAAAUAUAAAAAAAAAAUGGCUUUUCAUAAGUACUAACUAGAGGUUCAGACAAGUCUCUUGUCAUGUUUAGAUUGGAGCAAGAUUUCAAGAAGAAAAGUUGUUUACGGACAGAAAAAAUAAAAAAUACAUAUUGUAGUAAAACCAAAACAUUCAUUGCUUCACUCAGAAUAUAAAACAGAAAUUAACUAAAAUGUUGUUUAGGUUUUCAUCAGUGAUAUGUGUUUAUAAUUAAUCACAGAUUAAAACAACCAAAAAUUAUCAGAAAAACUACAAAAAACAUUUUCAAAUUUCAUAUUUGAGAUCAUUAUUAUACAAUGAGUUUCCAUAGCAUUCUGUUAGAUUUUAUUUUAAGCCAAAAAAAUAAGCAAAUGCUUCAAGUCCCGAACCCUAACAAUAAUACUAUAUUAACUUUUACAGGUAAGGCGUUCACUGGAGCAAUAAGUAAUGAUUUAUAUUUACAAGAAGAUUUGGUACGAUACUUUGGAAAAGUGUUUCGCUCACAAAUUAAUGAUUUUAGACAAAUACAAUUAAUAACUGGAGCUCGAGUACCCAUAGUAAAAUUUUACCAUAUCCCAUCGAACCUUAAUUGUGAUUUAUCUUUCAAAAGUGGUCUUAGUACCCAUAACACUAAAUUAGUCAGGUGAAACAUACUAAAUAGUAAAUAGUAUUGUUUAAAUAUAUAUCUAAUAAUAUUUUUAUUUUCAUUUUAUUAAUUAGGUUGUAUUUAGCACUGGAUAGACGUGUUCACUGGCUUGUUUGUGCAGUUGUUAAACGUUGGGCAUUACAGAAUGAUUUGAAAAAUCAAAGUAUGUUUACUAGCUAUGCAUUAGCAUGGUUAGUUCUAUUUUAUUUAAUGGCCAUAAAAAUUGUGCCUCCAUUGAAAUCACUCAGAGCAUACGCAUCACUAAGCACAGAUGUUAUGUUUAUAGAAGGUACAUUGAAUAUAAUUUAAAAUUACGGGUUAAAUUAGUAUUUUAAAACAUAAUAUAUGUUUGAAAUUUAUAUUUUUAACUAAAUUUUUUAUAUUUUUCUUGUUUUAGAUUGGGAUUGUACUUUUUGUACACCCGAAAAGGCUUUACAAAUGUGGAAAGUACCAGAAAUACCUUGUUGGGACUUGUUGUUAGGAUUUUUCAAGUUCUAUGCAGAUCCUAAUAAACUAAAACAGUUUGUUCUUUGCCCAGCUUUAGGUGAAGCUAUACCUAAAGAAAAGUUUUUUGAUAUUCCAACCACUACUCCAGAUAUAUUAGGAUUUUAUAAAAAAAAAACUGGUAAUGUUAGUCAGCGAUGUACUAAAUUAAGAAAUAAUUUUUUCGGGGAAGGUCUUGCAGUACAAGAUCCUUUUGAUCUCUUUCACAACAUUACAAAAACCAUAGUACCUAAAAAGCUACAAGGAUUCUCUCAUUUAUGUAACAAAACCUUGGAGGUCAUGCAUAAUGGAAUUCAACCUUACUAUGGAUAGAAGUAUUUAAAUAGAAGCAAAAGUUUAUUGAUUUUCAAACAGUUAUAAUUGUAAUGGUUAAAAUUAUAUUUAUUACUAGAAAGGAAAACAUAUUAUUAGUUCAAUAAAUCAUUUAUUUUACUUAUAAAAACUAGUUUUAUUUGUGAUUUCAAUAAUAAUAUAAAUUUAUAAAAAAAAAAACUUAACUCAUUUACCAUAAAUUUUAAUAUUAACAUAAACAUGUUUAGACAAUUUUAAUUUUCUGCAAACAUUCAAUUUUAAUUUUUAAUCAAAAAUAUUUAUGUCUAUUGAAAAAUAGAAAUCAAAUUAACUUAAUUAUUUUAUUCAUUUCUAUCAGUAUUAAAUUAUACAUUUAAAAAGUAUACUGAUACUGAUUUAUUGUUGACAUUGUUCUACUGUCAACAUUUUAGAAUUUUUUUUUUUUUAAAUAAACUUGCCUAAAUUUGCUUAAAUUUUUACGAAGAACGUUUGGUGAAACUAUCAUAAUCACUAAAAAAAAAAAAAACAGAUGACUUGUUAAUCAUAAUAACUGCUAUCUAGAACGUUUUAUCAACUUUGGCCAUUUCAGUCUUUCUUAGGUAAAUUUGGGUUUGUUGAAAUAGCCUAUGUUUUUAAAAUUAAUUUUUUAGCCCUCCUGAAAAGUUGACAAAAAUAAGAUAUCAUGUUUGAUCUUCAAAAAAAUGAUUUAUGUGUUAACUUUUUAAAAUUUGAGUAUAACUUAAUUUUGGAAUAUGAGUAAAACCACUAUCCAUUGUCUCACAUUGACGAGAUAUUCCACUUAUAAGUUGGUGAAAGAAUAGCAUUGUAUGUGUAGGGGUGUGGCGCUGUGUAGGAGAUUAGUGUAGUAUUUAUUGUCCCGUUGCGUGACAUUACAUUAGAAUAGUAAAAUAUCAUGGAUUGAUAGAAAUUAAAAAUGUUAAUACCAAAGUACAUCUAAACUAGACCAGUCUUUUUGUGAAAUUUUUAAUAUAGGUUGUCAUUUAAAUAUACACGAUGCUAAACAUUUUUUAGAUAAGUCCAGUUUCAUGGGAAGUUAAACUAUAACCUGAAAUUUGAAAAGCAGUAUACAUAAUUUUUAAUAUUUCACAUUUUCCAUUUUGUAUUUAAAGAUAUUUAGAAUAUAUUUCUAAGUGUUUGAUGUGUGUAUUAAUCUAGUAGUUCAAUUAACUGAAAUUGUAUUAGUUUAUUACAAAAUGUAUUAACUAAUUAAUCAUAAACUAAAUUAAUGCUUAUCUAAAUGGCUAAUAGUCUGGAAUCUAGAAUACAUUUUAAAAAAAAUAUUUAUUACUAAACUAUACACUAUUUAUUUAUUUAUUAAAGCAUGAUUGACAUUUUAAAUAUAAUAUUGGUGUUAAUACAUUAUGAAUGAUUGAAAAACACUUUUAUCAAAUGUUUGCAGAUUUGUUUAAGGACUGCCAAUUAUGACAAAUAAUGGUGUUUUAUUUUUAUCUUUGUGAAUUAUGCUUUUUGUCUUACGAUUUUAGUAUUUGCUCUAUUUAUUAAUCAUAUCCAAUAUAAUACAUUUUUAACUAAAAUAAUAACGUUUUUAGUGUUAUAGUUUUAAAAAGAUUAUUAUAAUGAAGUAGGUAAUAAUAAUUGUAUUCUUAAGAAAGUUUGUUAACACUUAAUUUUUUAUAGGUCAAUAACAGUAAAUUUACAAAUUGCGUUAACUCUUUGGGGUAGUUUUAUUUUAAAUACAAUUUGGAUUAAAACAGAAAAUUUAUAGUAAACUUGUUAAUUUUAUUUUAAUUUGGCAAAAUCUAGAUAAAUUUAAAAAAUAAAAAAAAACAUUUUCGGGGGGUAAGAAUAUAAACAUAAUUAGAUAAAAAGAGUAACGCAAUUUGUAGUUACUAAUAUUCAAGAGUCUUAUUAUUGUGGACAUCUUGUAAAGACCUUUAAUUCUAUAUUUAUGGCUUUUUAGAAUAAUUAUAUUGCUUGUUUGGUAAUUAUGUUUAAAACUUAUUAUACUUAUACUUAUUUUAUUAUUGUUGUUAAUUUUAUUUUACUAUGCAUUCAAAUUAAAAUCCUGAAAAUUGUAACUAAAAUAUUAUCAUCUUUGUUGUAUGCCCAAGAUACUUUUGAUACAGAUUUUUUAUAACAUGUAUACAUAAAGUAUCUUUUUAUCCAGAUCUUUAUUCUAUUCAGAAUAAGAAUAUACCAGUUCUAACAUGUAUGACUGAGAACACACGCUGCUAAAAUGGUAAAACUCUUACUGUCUAAGUGAACUGUAAUCAAAUUCGAAUCGCAAACCACAAAGGAAAAAUAUGGGCUAAAUGAUAUUUUAGCCAUUUAGUUCUAGGUUAUUGUCAAAUGAGUGAUCCUCAUAAAAUUGGCUUGUACUCCAACCAUCACAUACCUAUUUAUGGCACAUAAAUUAUGUGGUUACUAUGAAAUCCAUGGCAU